GGGGUCCACGCGCUACUAGAUGGUUUGCACAUUUUAGUUGGACCGACACUACCCAAUAUGUGUUGAAAGUUUUUAGGGAUGCACUUGAUUCCAUGACGGAGGAUCAGUUUAUUUGGGAACCAUAUUCUGAUGAAUUAAUUGAGAGCCUUCCCGAUUAUUGUCGUGUUGGACGAAAUAUAUGGCGUGCUAGAGUCACAAUAUUUUGUUGGGAUGUUGUCGAGGUUCACUUGCCUGAUCGAGUUAUGAGGCAAUUUGGAAUGAUACAGGAGAUACCACCAACUCCGUUUGCAUUUGAUCCCACACAUUUCAACCACGAUCGUCGGGGAAGGCCAAAUACAAAUUGGGAAUUUGAGCAUGCACAAUGGUUGCCAUUUUGGCACCAACGACUUCGAUACGUUAUUAAUGCACCGGUCAAUCAUGAAUCACUUCGGUACGAUGACCCCUACCUUGUUUGGUUCAGACGCAUUACUCGUCUUGUUAUUGGUAAUCCUACUUCGCGUCCUCAGCGACAACAAGGUUAUGUGCCUAAUGCAACGGCUUAUGAAGCAAUGGUGCGUUAUAUUCAUUCAGUGGUUGAUAAAGCAAAAUCACUCGGUGAUCAGCCAUUAUUUGAGGAAUUUUAUAUGUUUCGUGCAAUGGUGCGGAGUGAAGGCGAGGAAAAGGUGGUGUUGCUGGUAGGAGGGAACGUGCUAUUAAGAGAGGUUAAGUGUCUAUCGAAAUGGAUGAAAUGCAUUAGGAAGAUGUCCAAGCAGUCCCGGAAGAUGAUCCAGCAACAACAAAUUGUAAUAUUAGUUCCACUUCAAGAGGCGACACUCACGAAUUCACUCAGGCAUCAGCUAUGACAUAUCAACCAACAACUACUCAAAUUGUGCCAUACAUGACGCCACAAACUCCACAAUAUUCAAGAGAUCCAAGUCUUUCGUCUUUUGAGAAUAUAUUUGUUGAGAAUGGUCUUGUUUUUAACUCAUCGCCUGUGCAAAUGUCCAUCGAUAUCCCUGAGGCUACUAAUAGAGAUGAUGGGCAAGACUGCAAUAUUGAGAUACAAGGUAAUGAGUUGGAUGAUUCCAACGAUGAAGUGGAUGGUGAACCAUCAAUGAGGCAGAAGCGUAAAAUUAUUCGUAAGCGUUGUGCGACCGGGAGUCACUUUCUUGAUCAGCAUGGUAGGAUUAAAAAGCAACGCGGUAGAGGUAAAAAGCAGCAAGGUAGAAGCAAAAAUAAAUGAAUGCAUCACUAAUAGUUUAGCUUGUAAGUAAGAUGAAGGCACAUAAUCUCGCUGAUCUAGUUUAGUAGGAAUGAUCUCCUUUUUUUUUUUUUUUUUGCUAACUGUAAGUAAGAUGAAGGCACAGUUGGUGUAUUAUUAUUUUUUUUGCUUUUUGUAUUCAGCUACGUUUUCUAUGCUAUGGUGCAAAGAAGUUUUAAUUGGAAGUCAUGAUUGUAUUUG